AUGACCGUGGGGAACCGGGAAUGUGGGAUCCUCUUUGCAGACAUGCCCCGUCCGAAAGCUGCCCCCAACCCUGGAUGUUGCCUUCAUCCCCCUCUCUCUGUUCCCACCACAGCGCGGCAGAAGGAGGAACCUGCCCCCCAGCCCAGCCUGGGGGAGCUCUCGGCCUCUGACAUCACCCACAACUCCACCCGGCUCUCCUGGACCGUCCAGGCCGGGGACUUCGACUCCUUCCUCCUCCAGUACAAGGACGCGGAGGGCAAACCCCAGGCGCUGCCCGUGGACGGGGGAUCCCGCACAGUCACAGUAACCAACCUGACCCCCUCCCACAGAUACAAGUUCAACCUUUACGGCGUCUCCGGCCGCAAGCGCCUCGGCCCCGUCUCCACCGACGCCGUCACAGCCGUGGUGCCGUGGGGGGAGGAGGUACCCACCGCCCAGCCCAGACUGGGGAAGCUUUCGGCCUCUGACGUCACCCACAAUUCCACCCUGCUCUCCUGGACCGUCCAGGCCGGGAACUUUGACUCCUUCCUCCUGCAGUACAAGGACGCGGAGGGCAAACUCCAGGCGCUGCCCGUGGACGGGGGAUCCCGCACAGUCACAGUAACCAACCUGGCCCCCUCCCAAACAUACAAGUUCAACCUCUACGGCAUUUCCAGCCGCAAGCGCCUCGGCCCCAUCUCCACCGACACCGUCACAGGAGCUUGGGGGUCCCAGAUGCUGCUUCCAGCCCAUGUUCCUCUGUCCUGCUUGUCUGAGUCUGCCCCAGUCCCCCUUCCUUGGACUGUCCAUGGACCUCUUUAUGGUGCCUCCCCAUGA